AUGGUGUCAACAAAAGGAACCGAGACCCCUUCCGGGUUUGCGCCUGAUCUCGAAAUUGUAGGAAAUGAGGUCCGGAUUCAGCCCACCGGUUUUACCACCCACACCGGUGCCGCAGACGAUAUAACAGAACGGAGAUUAGUACAACAAAUGGGUCGCUUUCGACAAAAUCCGUUCGAAUUUUUACGGGAGAUCAGCCUUUUUGUGUCAGGUACAGGGUGGCGUGCAUAUGAAGACUUCAUUGGCCAGCCUAUCUUCUAUUCAGGCUUUACAGAGAAAGUGAAGUCCGAGGUUCUCAGUCAUCCUCUGCUUCAGGGCAAGAUUGCUGAGUUGGCGGAGUUAAGAGUGGGCGUUGAAAAACAGGAAGGACUUCUCAACAGCUCCUUGGAUGAAAAUGGCGAGAAGACCUUGCGCCGGAAGAAUGAGAUCAUAGUCAAUCUGCGAGAGGUCGUUGACACAAUGACUGACAAUAUGGUUUGCAAGAUGGAGAGUAAAUCUUUCAUUAGAGGCGCGUACUAUAUAUGUACACAACUUCUUACGAGAGCUUAUCAUCAAGGAAUUCAUGUCUCGAGCGAAGAAGUGCUGCGCCUAAGAACAGUUGCAAAAGAGGCAGCCGAGAAGAAACAGUCAAUAAUCUUCUUGCCUUGCCAUAAAUCCCACAUCGAUUACCUCUCUCUCCAGAUUAUCUGUUACCGCCUUGGCAUCGCUCUUCCUAUUGUAGUGGCAGGCGAUAACUUGAAUAUUCCUCUCCUAGGACCGUUUUUGCAGCAUGCUGGUGCCAUGUGGAUUCGUCGUAGUUUUGGAAACGAUCCCCUGUACAACACCCUUGUUCAAUCUUAUAUUGAUACUCUUCUCAGCAAUGGUUAUAAUUUUGAAUGUUUUGUCGAAGGUGGUAGGUCUCGGACAGGGAAGCUCCUCCCCCCAAAGUACGGUAUUCUCAGCUUCGUACUCGAUAGCAUCGCUUCUGGGCGCGUAGAGGAUGCAAUAAUUUGCCCUGUCAGCACGCAGUAUGAUAAGGUAAUAGAAACAGAAUCCUAUAUUAGCGAACUCCUUGGCCAACCAAAACAAAAAGAGAAUCUCCGGGAUUUCUUAUCAUCGUCCUCUGUCUUAUCUCUGAAACUUGGCCGCGUGGAUAUCCGCUUCCACGAACCGUGGAGUCUAAAAAAAUUCAUAACCGAGCAAUUGACCAAAGUUGGCAAGGUGUCAGGCAGCAUUAGCCUUGCACAACACAUGGAUCCUACUGAGAAGGGUCGUAUUCUCAGAAGCCUGGGCUAUCGAGUUCUCUCACAAAUCAAUGACGUUUCGGUGAUAAUGCCCACUGCCUUAGUUGGCACCGUCCUUUUGACACUCCGCGGGCGCGGAGUUGGAAAAGCGGAGCUUGUUCGCCGAGUUGACUGGCUUUGUGGACGAGUGCGAGCAAAAGGCGGACGAGUUGCACACUUCUAUCGAGCUCCUACUGCGCAGGUAGUGGAUCGCGCUCUUGAUGUCUUGGGCCCGAAAUUAGUCGGCUUGGUGGGCGGACUAGCAGAACAAACCUUCUAUGCAGUAGACCGGUUUCAGCUUUCGUUCUAUCGAAAUAUGACUAUUCAUCUUUUUAUUACAGAGGCCCUGGUCUCUACUGCGAUGUAUAUUCGUGUGAAGCAAGGCGGUGGACCAGCAAAUCAGCGAAUAUCUUAUGAAGAGUUAUUGUCCCAAGUUUCAUUUCUCUCGCAGAUAUUUCGCGGUGAAUUUAUCUUCCCUCCUGACGGACUACUUAUCAAUCUCGAGAAAACUCUAAGUGGCUUAGAGCGGGAUAAAGUGAUCAAAAUUACCAGGAAUUCAGUUUCUGUUCCCACAGUCAUUGAGCUGAGCGAGGAAGAACGGGAAUGCGGCCGGGAAAACUACGAUUUUUACUGCUUUCUUAUCUGGCCAUUCAUCGAGGCUUCUUGGCUGGGAGCCGUCUCGCUCAUGGGGCUUACACCGCCCCUUUCAACUCCGUCCACUGCCUGGAUUGACCUGAAGAAAGCUCAAGAUAGUGCUCAACUAUUGGGCAAAACACUUUACCACCAGGGUGACUUGUCGUAUUUCGAAGCUGUGAAUAAGGAGACUUUGAAGAAUGCAUACCAAAGGUUUGAAGAAGAAGGUAUUAUAGUUGUUGCUAGAAGCAAAGAAUCUGGCGCUGGCGCUACAAUGCGAAUUUCCCCCAGCUGGAUGCCCGAGAGGGAUCCUGAAACCGGUAGAUUGUUGCCUCGAGGCAAGCUCUGGGAUUUUAUGGAUUUAAUAGCUCAGUCGAGACGAGAAGGGAAAAACCGUCGAGAUGGAGCAACGGUAUCUUCUCGGGUUCUUUCCAUGAGUGAUACUGUCGGGCAAGCACUUUUCCGAACCACAGCAUCUCGAGGUCUAAAGGACGGACUACAAUUGUCGACAAGCCAAAUGAGGCGGAAAGAAAUCGGGACACCGUCUAAACUGUGA